AUGGUUGACUUUCGGAAUAUCAAGAGAGUCCUUGUUGCCAACAGAGGUGAGAUUGCUGUCAGAGUGAUCAAAACAUGCAAUAAAUAUAACCUGACUGCAGUGGCCAUUUAUUCUAAAGAAGAUCUGGAGUCUCUCCACGUCAGUCUUUCUGAUGAAGCCUACCAACUGAGCGGAGUGGGAGCUGCAGCUUAUACAAACAUUGACGAGAUUGUAAAGCUUGCAGUCGACCAGAAGAUUGAUGUGGUUGUUCCUGGGUACGGAUUUCUGUCGGAGAAUUCCAACUUUGCUGCUGAGCUAGCUAAAAAUAAGAUUCUUUUUGCUGGUCCCAGCUCCGAUUCCGUUGAAAAAUUCGGUCUGAAACAUAUGGCCAGAGAGCUGGCAAUACAAGCUGACGUUCCGGUUGUUCCUGGAACCAGCUUGAUUUCAGAUUCAGCCCAAUUGAUCUCAGCAUGCAACAAAAUCGGGUACCCAGUGAUCCUCAAGGCCACAGCCGGUGGAGGAGGUAUGGGUCUUAAAGUCUGUUACAAUGAAACGGAGCUUGUGAGUAACUUUGCUGAAGUCACAUCUCGAGGCACCUCAUUAUUCUCCAACGCUGGUGUCUUUGUCGAAAAGUAUAUCGAAAAAGGCCGACACAUCGAAGUCCAAAUGUUUGGCAACGGGCUAGGAGAUGUGGUGACUUAUGGUGAAAGAGAGUGUUCAAUUCAGAGACGACACCAAAAGGUGAUUGAAGAAUGCCCAUCUCCAUUUGUUUCGGACCUGUUCAAGGGUCCGGACCUACGUCAGAGACUGACCUCAGCUGCGAAGCGACUAGCAACUACCAUCAAGUACAAGUCUGCAGGUACAGUUGAGUUCUUGGUCGAUGACACCACGGGUGAAUUUUAUUUCUUGGAAGUCAAUACCCGGCUUCAAGUGGAACAUGGUAUCACAGAGAUGGUGUAUGGGGUUGACCUUGUGUAUUUCAUGCUUCUUCAGUGUGAAUACGAGACUCAAAACUCCGGAGUACCAGCAGAUAUACUUAAGGCAAGUCUCAAAUAUAAUUCUGAAGGAGUCGAGAUACCAAAUGGGCACGCUAUUGAGGUGAGAGUGUAUGCCGAGAACCCUGUGAGAGACUUUGCUCCUUGUCCUGGAAACUUACACCAUGUCUCGAUCCCUUCUUCUGAAAAGUCGGGAGAGUUUCGAGUUCGCGUUGAUCACUGGAUUGAAACGGGAAGCAAGGUGUCUCCGUACUUUGAUCCGCUGCUUGCAAAGGUGAUGGUCUGGUCACCAACAAGAACUAGUAAUAACGUUAUCAAGGUUCUCAAAGACACAAUCAUUCAGGGACCAGUGAACAAUAUUGAGUAUUGCAUUGCAAUUCUGGAUAGCAAGGAGUUCAGAACUGGAAACACUCUUACGAGUUUCCUUUCAGAUUUUGACUUUAAACCGCAUUUGAUUGAAUUUGAAGGAGCGGGUGCGUACACCACCAUCCAAGAUCUUCCAGGGAGACGUAAAGUCAGAUUCGGAGUGCCACAUGGUGGACCAGUUGAUCCACUCGGGUUACAGAUUGCCAAUGUUAUUGUUGGUAAUCCUCUUCACUGCGAGGCACUGGAAAUAAAUAUGAAGGGUCCAACCAUCAAGUUUCACAGACCAGCGGUUAUUGCACUUGCUGGUGGACGCUUCAAGGUGACUUUAGAUGACAAAGAUGUUCCGAUGUACACAGAGUUGUUUAUUCCAGCGGGUAGUGUGCUCGAUAUUGAAGAGCCAUUGGGAACCGCUGCCAAAUGUUACCUCGCUAUCAAAGGUGGGUUCCCUAGUGUUGCUACCUACCUUGGCUCCAAGGGAUGUCUUCCAAGUUUGCAACUUGGCGGUCAUCAAGGGAGAAUUAUUUUCCCUGGAGACUGUCUUAGUAUAGUUCCGAGCGACGAUUUCCAGUCGUUUAAAAAAGGAUACGAGUUCCCAGAGGCCCUUAUUCCAAACUAUGAGAGAUCAGAAAACGUUGUGAGGGUGAUUGGGGGUCCGCAUGAUACUCCUGAUAUCGUUUCGUUGAAGGGAAUGGAAACUUUAUAUUCUGCUCCGUAUUCUGUGAACUUCAACUCCAAUAGGGGAGCCACUAGAUUGGAUGGUCCAGAGCUCAAGUUCCACAGAAAGUCCGGGGGCGAUGGAGGUGGACACCCAAGCAAUAUUCUUGAGUUCCCUUACCCAACAUGCGGACUGUCUGCAGUCGGUUCUGUGAUGACUCUGUACGGAGUUGAUGGAGCCACUGCCUCUGGUUUCACAUGCAUAUUUGCACCUGCUGAAGCCGACUUCUGGAAGUUUGGUCAAGCUGCCAUCAAUAGCAAAAUGACGUUCACCCCUAUCACCUACAAUGAUGGGAUCAAGUUGCUAAAGCAAAGAAACGCGUAUUUGCAGGAGAUCUCCAAACGGCCUACCAUUACCUCCGUUAAAUUCAAUGAUGAGCUCGACAAAUACGAACCAAUUAAAGGCAAGGUUGGAGAGUUCCUUCACAGAAGAGAACCUUCAUCGGACCUGCCUGAAGUUUCUUUCAGACAGGCUGGAGAAAGAAUGAUCGUCAUUGAUUUUGGUAACUUAAGGUUUGAUCUCUUCAACAACGGAAGACAACAUGUCAUGGAAACUGAAAUCAAGACGAACCUGGAAGGUAUGUACGAAAGCAUUGAGUGCUGUACUGGUGCCAUGUGUGUGGUUUUCGAUCCAAUAUUGGUCGAUAGAGCCGACUUGUUGGAGAAACUGAUUGCACUUGAAGCGUCCAUUCCCCAGAUUGAGAAAUUGAAAAUCCCAUCGAGAACUUUCAAGCUUCCUGUCACUUUCAAACACUCGGCAUUGGACCACUGCUUGGAUAGGUACAUGCAUUCUCAAAGAUCGCAUGCAACAUACCUUCCAAAAAAUACGGACUACCUGAUGAAGGCCAAUUUACUAAAGGAUUUCGAGGAGUUCAAAUCGUGUAUUGUUGGGAAGCCAGAAAUGGUGGUUGCAAUUACAUUCUUAUGUGCAAAUGUUCUGAUGGCCACCAUUGAUCCACGGUACCGGAUAUCCGCAUCCAAGUAUAAUCCAACGAGAACAUCUACACCAGCAGGAACUAUCUCCACUGGUUCUGUCUUGCAAUCGAUCUACCCAAUAGACUCUCCUGGAGGGUAUAUGAUGUGGGGUAUGACACUUCCUAAUUGGUACUGGGAUACAUUCUCAAGAAUUCACGAUAAUCCGUGGCCAUUCAGAGUGUUUGACCAGGUACUUUUCUAUGAGGUCACCGAGGAAGAGUUGCAAAACAUGAACAAUUUACUUCUGACCAAAAAAUUGAAAAUUGAGCCUGAAGAAGGUGUCUUUGACUUUGUCGAGUACAAGAAAUUUGUUGAAUCUAUUGACUCCGAGUUGAAGGACCUAAAAUCAAGAAAGCUUAAGGCAUUUGAGGAGUGUACCAAGGAAGAGAAAGAGGACUUUGAAUUGUGGCAGAGCGAAAAGGCAGCAGCAGCAGCUUCCAGAGUUGGAUCCGGAGAUGUGGCCGACACUCCAGGAGCCAUCAAGGUUCUGUCUCACAUGCCAUCCAACGUGUUCAAGAUCAAGUACCAAGCUGGCGACACGAUCACCAAGGAUGACGUUCUCAUUAUUUUGGAAGCCAUGAAGAUGGAGAUACCCGUCAAGUUGAAAGAUAAAUCCAGCUCAGACAAGUAUGAGAUUUUGGCUGUAAUUGUGGAAGAAGGUGAUGUUGUCAACCCGGGUGAUGUCCUCAUGAUUGUGAAAGGAUUAGAGUAA